AUGAAGGGUCAAUUUACCAAAGAGUUACGCCCACUAAUGUACUCAUUCGGCGACGACGUCAAUCCAGAUCCAGAAGCAACAAACGUGUUGGAGGAGAUAUUGAUUGACUUUAUAAUGGAAAUAUGCUACAAAUCGCAAAAGGCGAGUGGAAAUCGCGGUAAAAUAAAGAUCGAAGACAUCAAGUUCGUACUGCGUAACGACACCAAGAAGCUGAAUAGAGUUGAGGAGUUGCUGUACAUGCAAGAGGAUAUAAAGAGGGCAAGAGCUGCUUUCAAUGAAGGUGACAUCAUCCAAGAUGCUGUAAAGGCUAAUGGCAACAAGAAGCCUGCUACUUGA